AUGUCCACGAAUUCGAACCAAGAAUUUCUCUCUAGCGGCGGCGUUCGCUGGCUUCUCACGGACGAGGAGCGCACAAGCAUUGCCACUUUACUCGAUGUCGAAGAAUCCACCAUCUCCCACAUCUCAGGCAAUAUCAUGAACCGCGCUCGUGCAACAUGCACUAGUUGUGGAAAACACUCUGGGCUCGAUGAUAUGUCAAUGGUCCACACGCUAAAAGCCCUGACCAUGGGCUGA